GAAAUCAUCGUUGCCCUUGGCCGCCCGCAACCGUUCUCUCAUCUCACCAUAUUGUUGCCUCCGGUAACUCUAUAUCACGACAAGUAUUCGCAGCCCCCGUGUCCCGUUGCGCUGCCUUUGUAUUCUCUCUCUCCACUGCUGGUCGUUCCUCCCCGCGAGAGCUCGCCCUCGCUCUUAGAGCCCCAACACGCAGGAGCUAUGCUUUGACAUCACACGCCGAUCGCUAAAACCUAAAACCCCCGUCACAAACCUACCACGUACCCUUUUUCCAACCGCCUCGACCCUUAGGUAGCCCGGCCUGUUUAUCGAGCUCACUCCGCCGGUGCCGCAAAUCGCCGCGCCGUCUAGCAAUUCGAUCCGCCUCCGUUGAUGCGUCGUAUCACGCCAACAACAUGUCCGCUCCACUGACAGCAGAGGAGGAGAGCGAGUUCAUUCGCAUCAUCGACGGUAUCCUCGCCACUGCCGACCUGGAGACGGUGACCCGGAAGAAAAUCCGGCAGGGCCUAGAGGCAACUCUCGGCAAGGAGCUGACAGAGCAGAAGCAUGCUGUCAGGAGUCUCAUCGAGGCCCGGUUUGACGCCAUGAACUCGGUCGAUACCCAGCCGAUGCCGACCCCCCCUGCCGCCUCGACCACCGACGCCUCUCCCAAACGCGAAUCGAACAGCGACACGCCAUCGGACGAUGCCGACACCUACCCGGUCGUCGAUGACGGCCAAAUAGAGGUGUCCUCCCUUCCUCCGGCUAAAAAGAAGCAGAAGCGCGACAGCUCUGUAGAGGAUGCCGACGCACGGCUGGCAGCAGAGCUGCAGGCGCAGGAGAAUAGGCUGGCGCGGGCGAGGACAACCCGAGGUGGGGCGUCGGCCAAGCCGUCAAAGUCCAAGAGCAAGGCAGCCAAGAAGAAGAGCGAAAAGAGGGUGCGCGAGGACGACAGCGAGGGCGGUGGCGGCGUCUCGGACUCGGCCCCCAAGCGGAAGACAGGAGGCGGCUUCCAGAAGCCGUUUAACCUCAGCUACCCUCUGGCCGAGAUCUGCGGGGUGAUUCAGAUGUCCCGUCCACAGGUCGUCAAGAAACUGUGGGAGCACAUCAAGGCCAACGACCUACAGGAUCCCAAGGAUAAACGACAGAUACUCUGCGACGAUAAGAUGCAGGCGGUUUUCAAGACGGCCAAGCUGGAUAUGUUUCAGAUGAACAAACUCCUUGGCCAUCAACUCUACCCCAUCGAUGACGAAGAGUAGGCGUGCCCAGGGUAAUCUCCCCCGAGGUACGCGGAUAUCCCUCUAGAAAUAGGGUGCACAUUGACCCUCCUUGGAGCCCAUCGUGGUGGAAGCAUCAAGCCGUGCCUCAAACGGAUUUCCUCGCAAGCACGAUAGGUUCUCUCUCUCGUCCUUGUCGUACCCCAAAAGCAUUUGGCAUCCCGGGUACGUGGAUGGGCAAUUAAGGGCGUUCUGCAUGGAUGGAAUGGCGCGCAUGUAUAGGGCUGGGUGUGUGUGGAGGGCGUUGCUUUUGGUUGGCCUCUGGAGGGAGCC